AUUCGAGACGUCUGUCUGCGCCUGCACGCUUUCUCCCGGCUGGUGAAAGUGAAACCAUCGAAUUGGAAGCAUUACCUGCUUAAGGCGGUCUUAGUUUAGUUUGAUUUAGUUUAGUUUAGUACGUGAUUGUAAAAGCAUGUUUUUGAGUCAGCUCCCUGACGAUGUCCUCUAUCACAUCUUGUCUUAUUUGGACUGGAAAACACUCAGUCGCCUUUCUCAGGUUUCUAAAGUCAUCUUUCAUUUUGUCAGCCGUGACUCAGUGUGGAAGAAGAUGGCUAAAGACAUGUUAAACACCGGAAUCUCUCCGAACGGAACCGACCUGUAUCCUCACAUCUUGCUGAAGGAGAGAGUGAAGCUUUCUCAAAACUGGUGUGCUGGCAUGUGUAAAAGAGAUACUCCUCUGAAAUGGAAGACAAAAUUGUUGCCAUGGUUGCAGCUGGAUGGGGACACACUCUUCUUGUCUCAGGCUGCAGACAUCAGAGCAUAUCGUCUGCAACAGAAGUGCAGGAGGACUCUGCGUAAGCCAGUUGAAAUAUACUCAGGCCACCGGGCGGACGUCUGUAAAUUUGUUGUGACCGACUCGCACCUGAUCAGCGGUGGAAGCGAUGGCAAGAUUGUGGUCCACAAUAGGAGAACUCACAAUUCAACUCAGUUGUCAGGUCAUCACCAGGAAAUAAACUGUAUUGACUCAAAAGAUGGACUCAUCAUCAGUGGAUCCAGAGAUCAAACUACCCGGGUCUGGUCAUUGGCUUCUGACUGCCAAAAACAUGUAAUCCCCUUGUAUGACAGAGUGUGGUCUGUAGCAAUCAAUCCUGCACUGAGCUCCUUUGUAACUGGCACUGCAUGUUGUGAGAACUCGUCCCCUCUUCGCAUCUGGGAUGUUGAAAGAUUGGAGUGUGUCUGCUGUCUGGGUUCAGAGUUCCGCAGAGGUGCGGGUGUGUUGGAUAUGGUGUUUGAGACGCCUUUUCAUCUCCUCACCUGUGGCUAUGACACCUUUAUUCGACUCUGGGACCUUCGCCUGAGUCCGCAGAAGUACGUAAUGGAGUGGGAAGAGCCUCAUGACAGCGCCUUAUACUGCAUUCAGACAGAUGGAAAUCACAUGAUAGCAAGUGGCUCCUCCUACUAUGGUGUUGUUCGACUCUGGGACAAAAGAAAGACGGAAUGCUUACAGGAUUACUGUGUGGGCUCCUUCUGUCCCUGUGGCGCUGUGACGGAGAAAGGCCAGAUUAAGGAGAUUAGCAUGUAUCCUCCUGACUUGUCAAACUGGGAUGUAAGGAACCACUGACUUUGUUGGAGUCCUGAAUAAGGAGGUGCCAUGAAAAGCAGCGAACAAACACAAAUUCCUGAAAGAACAAUGUGAUUUGUUUCCUUUUCUUGCGUGAAUUGCUGUCAAAAGUUCAAAAGAGAAGAAAGAAAGUCAAGGAAAAGACAAGUUGACUCAUCUGAUGUUUGAAUUUCUUAAAGACAAAUCAAAGCUCAGGAUUGGACGUCAAGCUUUCAAAGAAACUAAAUCCAAUUAGUUUGCUACUGAUAGCCAUUCUACACGCUAAGAGUUUGGUCUAGACUCGAUCUGACCAGUCUAAGUGUAAGACUAGAUCUGACCAAUCUAACUCUAUGGGCAUGAACUGAUGAAUCCUACUUGGAUGAGAGGCAAAAUGUCUUUUGAGACACACCAAACAGUCCAGUUGCGAUCCAUUCAAUGCCCUAAUAUUACAAUGACCUGGAUGAAUUACAACAUUCAUAGACAGUUUCUGGUAAAUAUGUGCAAACUUGAUGGCAAAUAAAAGCUGAUCUACUAAGUUAUUGUG